AGGAAUGGCGUUGGACUCCAUCCAAACGUUCAAGUAUCAAUUCAGUUGAAGAUGCUUACUCCCGGCUGUAUUUCACGGAUAAAAACCGUUGCAGGCAGAGAUGAAAUGCAGGAAGUAUUUACGGUGAAAGUCUUGGACAUCUUCAGAUACAUUGUUGACAGGAGCUUUCCAAUUCUAGACCCUGAUUUUACUGAUGCUUUCGACAUUGUCAUUACUGAUGGUCGUUACAAGACGAAAUGCUUGUUGUCAACCUCUUUAAAUUCGCUGGUUUACGAGAACAAACUGCGAGAAAACUCUGUUGUGACUGUCACCGAAUGCAGUUCUUUGAUCGACGAAGAAUCGUUGGAACAAGUGCCUUUCGUCAUUCUUCAAAGUAUUCAAAUUUUAAAUUUGGCCUCAGAGAAUUGUGAUGUAGUCCGAGAGGAAAUCCAAUUUUGCGAAGAUGCAGCACCUAACGAAAAGCAAGAAAUACCACUGGCAGCUUCUCGCGGUUACUAUUUGCCGUUAUGGAACGACGAAGACUGCUUUGGAGAGAGGUGGUUUAGUGCUCCAGAUUUGCAGCCUGUGAACCCUAUAACCAAUGCAAUCACAAUUCAUGAUCUUAAUAUGUUUUGGAAAGCUCUUCCGCGUCCAUUUCCUGCACUUAUUGGGAGAGUGGUUAGCAAAACUAGGCUGAAUCACUACGGAAAAGCUUCGGACGAGAAGAGAAGGUAUCCCUAUCAAGCGUACCUUGAACUUGAGGAUCGCACUGCGACGGUUUCUGUUUGCAUUUGGAGUUCGUUUUGCGUGCUUUUGUAUAACUAUCUACAAGUAGGAGACAUUGUGGCCCUCUUAAAUUACCGUAUAAACCGAAGGUUCAAUCAAAGAAGUAACGCAGUCUACAAUACAAGUGCUUCCACGAGCAUCGAGAUAUCUGUGAAUCCUACUAACCCAACAGCAGAAGUAUAUAAACUGGCACCGAACGAGCUUGGACCAGGAUGGAGGUUACCUGGUGUACCCUAUAGAUUUAUUGAACGGAGAUCAGUUGCAAACUACUGUUCAGGCUUAAUAUGUGAUGUUGUGGGAGUUGUGAUGUUUGUCAGCCGAGACAGCAGAAAAAGAAAGGGGAACAAGUUGUCUUUCUGGACCAGUAAAUGGGUGCACCUGCUAGAUGGUACAAGCUCUGUGCCAUUUAUUCUCCAUCUGUAUGCUUCCUCACAACCCCAAGUCUUUGAUGCCAUCACACCAGGAACGGUUCUCGUUUGUGCACGAAUGCUGCUUAAAAUUGAGCCUCAGGCAUCGAAACACCGCAAAUUAUGCUACCUUACAACAACUAGAGAAUCACAGGUUUACCUUUUGAGACAGCCAUUGGAUGUGAAAGACAAACCCUUUACUGAAGCGGAAGCUGUAAAUGAAGUCAUCAGAUGGCGUCAAACUACAGAUGCUAAACAGCUUCUCAGAAAGUCUUGUGUGGGUGGGUACUAUGACUUUCCACCCCUCCCUGAGUCUCUUGAUUUGUACAAGAGAACAUUUUCUCCUGAGGCACCAAUGGAUCUAAUAACCACAGUUAACCUUGGGUUUAUUCUGAGAGAGGUUCAUUUCAGAGAACACUUACGGCUGCACAUUCAGGGCAUAGUUGUAGCCCUGGAGUUUGUUCCUGCAGUAAGCAAUGAAGAAAGUUUGUGGCAGUCAUCUGGGGAGAUCAGCUGUUACCAGCUUUGUGAGACCUGCCACAGUGACAAAACCAUCAGGGAAUCCACUUUCACUGGCCAGUAUGAUGAAAAUGGAUCAAUUCCUUCAAGCAGCCAAACCAGCAGGUCUGGUUCUUAUUCUUUAAAGAUGAGAAAGAAGACAUCCAAUACAACACAAAAUGGACAAGAGAAAACAUGGGAUUCGGAGAUCGAAGACGAUUCUGAGUAUGAAGUUGAAGUUGAUUCAGCCCCUUCAAGUAGUGAAAUGAAAGCAAAUUCAAGCAAAGAAUAUCACACCGUCACCAGAAGAAUUAAUCCCAGAAGGAAGUGCAAGAAAGUUUCAAAUGGUGUUGUUCUAUCCUUUCGUCCAGUUUACCGUGGUCCAAAGAACGUUCGAAUCAAGACGAGAUCGCGUAAAGUUGGUACUGAGAAAAUGAUCUCCAAUCAGAAACGAAAAGCAAAAAAGCGACUCGCUUAUCCGCCAAAAAAAGCGAGACGGAAAGCGGUGUCAACAAAGCAAGCGUCCACCAGUGUAAGUAGAGAGGGGGAAAAGGUUUCAAAAGGCAUUGAGCGGUCAGGAAAGAGAGGUAAAAAUUCGUCAAGUUCUUCUGCUUCUAGCGAAGUAGUUAAAUACUACCCAUUCAGAAUUAUGGAUCAAUCGUGGACGCACAUAGCGUCUGACAUACCUUUUCUUGGAUUGUGGAACCCAAGCUUGCACGAAAACACUCUUCCAAAACUUUGCAGUCGAGGACUCACGGAUGUCGAAGUAGUACCGACUGCUGAUCGGCAAGACUUCGUGAACGCCGAAGGUCACUGGAGGCUUAUGAUAGCGGGUCUCAAUCGACGAGCGAUCGUAAAUGCGAUAUUUUUACCCCAGUAUUCCACGACAAAGGAGGAUGUAAGUGGAGAAAGCGACGUUUUUGUGACCGCUUUGGCAACGGGAGCCUUUCCAAACAGAUGUCCUGUGGAAAGGCUCUUAAAUUACGCUUACGAGGAAUUAAAAGAGCGAAGAAUGGUAUUUGUGUUGGACUUGUACAGUCACGGGCAAGAUAAAGUGGAAAUCGUUAUCAAUAGAGCUUACUGACUGUGAUAGUGUCAUAAAUUUAGAGCGAGUUUAAAUUGUCGAGCUAAGUGGACAACAGUGAGAUUAAAUUUUUUGUAAGAAUU